CGACAACCGUAACUGUUUUUCGUUUUGGCAAUUUAAAACUGAUGAUAUAUUUAUUUUGAAAUUAAGUUUAAUGUAAGCUUUGAUCAGAUUUAUAAGUUAACAAUUGAAAUACGCUAUCGUCUUAGUUAGAUUCUUAAGAAAUCUGAAACAUGAGUCGUCGACAAACUCCUAUUGAUUUUUUGAAACAAAUCAUUGGGCGUCCGGUUGUUGUGAAGUUGAAUUCAGGAGUCGAUUAUCGAGGUGUAUUAGCUUGUCUAGAUGGAUACAUGAAUAUUGCCUUGGAGCAAACAGAAGAGUAUGUCAAUGGACAACUGAAGAAUAAAUAUGGUGAUGCCUUUAUCAGAGGAAAUAAUGUUCUGUAUAUCAGUACACAGAAAAGGAGGGUGUAAUACGAGGAAAGAAUGUCUUGUAAAAACAUUUCUCAUUUUGUAAAAAGCACUUCUCAUGAAAAUAAAUCACUUUUUCUAUCUUGAAAAAA